AUGAUCAAGGCAGAAGAAGAGGAGUUUGUGUCAGUGGAGGGAGAGGAGCAGGUCAAGGAGGGAGAGGAGCAGGUCAAGGAGGGAGAGGAGCAGGUCAAAGAGGGAGAGGAGCAGGUCAAAGAGGGAGAGGAGCAGACCAAGGAGGGAGAGGAGCAGGCCAAGGAGGGAGAGGAGCAGGUCAAAGAGGGAGAGGAGCAGACCAAGGAGGGAGAGGAGCAGGUCAAAGAGGGAGAGGAGCAGACCAAGGAGGGAGAGGAGCAGGUCAAAGAGGGAGAGGAGCAGGCCAAGGAGGGAGAGGAGCAGGUCAAAGAGGGAGAGGAGCAGGUCAAAGAGGGAGAGGAGCAGGUCAAAGAGGGAGAGGAGCAGGCAAAGGAGGGAGAGGAGCAGGUCAAGGAGGGAGAGGAGCAGGUCAAAAAGGGAGAGGAGCAGGUCAAGGAGGGAGAGGAGCAACAUGUAUUAUGA